CCCGGAUUCAAAGACAGAAGGAUAAUCAUCCCGUCAGUCACCCAUCGCCAGCGACUCGAGACCAUGGAAAGCGAAAAGCAACUGCCAUGGGGUUACCGAUGGCGCUCAUCCCGAAUCUUCAUCCUUACGACGGUUCUCGUCGCCUUGUUUGCUGAAACCUUCCUGUAUGGCUUCGUGGUUCCGAUCUUGAGCUUUAUGCUGGAAGAUCGUCUUGGCAUGGAUCCAUCCAAAACCCAGCGCAUGACCACUGCCGUCCUGACUGUCCAUGGCUUCGUGUCUCUGAUCUCCGCGCCCAUCAUUGCCCAUUUUGCAGAUAAGACACCGAGCCGGAAGACUCCGCUGCUGAUCGCUCUUGCAGGAUGUGUGGCAGGUACCCUUUUAGUGGCCUCCACUUUUUCCAUUGAGGCGCUUUUUAUCGGUCGGAUCUUGCAGGCAGUGUCCGGUAGCGCCACAUGGAUUGUAGGGUUUGCGACCUUGACUGACAAUAUCGACCUGGACCAUGUUGGCAAGGCACUGGGAACGGCUAUGUCCGUUGUCACAGCCGCACAGCUCGGUGGCCCCAUCGUCGCUGGUGCACUACUGGAGUUGGUGGGAUACUGGCCGACUUGGAGCGCUCCUCUGCUGGUGCUCUUCCUGGAUAUUAUCGCACGUCGACUGAUGAUCGAAAGGCGAGAAUUACCGCUUGACCGACCCCCGUCUCCAAAGCUAACCGCUCCUCGCGACCCCGAGGAGAGCGAAAGGGCGCCGCUGCUUCCACCGUCAUCCCCUACCAACAAGUCCCCAGACUCCAACACAGGUGCCACGGAGACUGAGCAAGUCAAGCCAUCUCGCUCUUUCUACCGCAUUAUGAUCAGUGAUGCUGGCGUUGUGGCCUGUGUACUGAACACUCUUACCUUUGCCACCCUCAUCUCCGCUUUCGAUGCCACUCUCCCUCUUCACUUGCGCGAUACCUUUCACUGGAACACCCUCUCCGUGGGCAUGAUUCUCCUAACUCUCCAACUUCCCCCUAUGUUUCUUGGCCCUGUGGUCGGGUGGCUUCGCGAUCGAGUUGGUGCCAGGUUGCCUGCGACGAUUGGCUGGACGCUCUCGGCCCCAGGUCUGUGGCUGCUGGGCGUUCCCGGUGAUAAGAAGUUCCCAUGGGCCAGCCCAGAAACCAAUGGCGAAGCCAUCUUCCUCACUGGUCUGGUUAGUCUUGGUAUUGUCUUCACCUUGAUUCGCGGUGGGGGCACGAUGCAGUUGGUUGCUGCUACCAAGGACAUGGAAGCAAAGGAUCCAAAUAUUUUCGGAGAAUUCGGUGGGAGUUCCCGGGUCUUCUCCUUGACCGAAGUGGCAUUCAGUCUCGGUUCCAUGCUAGGUCCGUUGAUUUCAGGCACUUUAUCCGAAACGGCCGGGUAUUACUAUAUGAAUCUAGUUAUGGGUGCAUUUUGUCUUCCGGUGGCGUUGUCGUGUUUUCUGUACUUCCGAGUUUGAGUAAUGGGUGGGUUUUAAAAUUAGGAUAUACGUAAUGUUUUUAUUGUAUAAAAAAGGGAAUGAUAAUAUAGUCUGCAUUUAUAGCGGACCUGAUUAGCAGGUACUGUGCUUAUGUUCAAUUAAAAAAAAUAAGAUCUUCGACAAGCACUAAAACUAAUACUACAUCAGAGAAAGGUUUAUCUGUA